GGUGUGGGCAAACUGGGCUCUAGGACCAGCAAGACUCCUGGUUUGCGAAUCUGAAUCAUGCAGAUCUCCACCCCAUGGUGUGCCCGGGUCAGAGUGUACCCCUGACUUAGCUCUACAGAUAAAGCCUCUGGUGGGAUUGCGCCCUGGACACUGCAGGCUCACCAUGGAUACUCUUUCGGAGGCAAAUGGCACCUUUGCCAUAAGUCUUCUGAAAAAGCUGGGGGAAGACGGCUCGAAAAAUGUGUUCUUCUCACCCAUGAGCAUCUCCUCUGCCCUGUCCAUGGUCUUCAUGGGCGCAAAGGGAAACACUGCAGCCCAGAUGUCCCAGACACUUUCCUUAAGUAAAAGCGGCGGAGGCGGUGAUGUCCACCAGGGCUUCCAGGCGCUUCUCAACGAAGUCAACAGCGCCGAGGCGCGGUACUUGCUGAGAACUGCCAACAGGCUCUUCGGGGAGAAGACCUGCGGUUUCCUCUCGUCUUUCAAGGAUUCCUGCCGAACAUUCUACCAAGCCGAGAUGGAAGAGCUCGACUUCUUGAGUGCCUGCGAGCAGUCCAGGGAACACAUCAACCGCUGGGUGGCCGGAAGGACGGAAGGUAAAAUUGUGGACCUGCUGUCUCCAGGUUCAGUUGACCCAGGGACUAAUCUGAUUCUCGUGAAUGCCAUCUAUUUCAAAGGAAACUGGGAUAAACAGUUUAACAAAGAGCAGACCACGGAGAGGCCAUUUAAAGUCAGCAAGAAUGAGAAGAAGCCCGUGCAAAUGAUGUUUAAAAAAUCUACCUUUCAAAUGACCUAUAUAGGAGAAAUAUUCACCAAAAUUCUGGUGCUUCCCUAUGUGGGCAGAGAGCUGAACAUGAUCAUCAUGCUUCCAGAUGAAAACGUCAGUUUGGAGACGGUGGAGACAGAACUCACUUACGAGAAGUUCACGGAGUGGACGAGGCCGGACAUGCUGGACGAGGAAGAGGUGGAGGUCUUCCUGCCGAGGUUUAAGCUGGAGGAGGAGUACGACAUGAAGGCCGUCCUCUGCAGCCUGGGCAUGACCGACGCCUUCGAGCAGAGCAAGGCCGACUUCUCGGGGAUGUCGUCCAGGGGAGACCUGUACCUGUCCAAGGUGGUGCACAAGUCCUUCGUGGAGGUCAACGAGGAGGGGACGGAGGCCGCGGCCGCCAGCGCGGCCGUCAUGAUGCUGCGCUGCGCGAGGAUCGUGCCCCGGUUCUGCGCCGACCGCCCCUUCCUGUUCUUCAUCCAGCACAGCAAGAGCCGCAGCGUCCUGUUCUGCGGCCGCUUCUCGUCCCCGUGAGGAGCGCGCCCGGCGCGCAGCCCUCCCCUCUCCUGCUCAUGCCCUCGCCCCGAGCCUGUCGUGCCAGGUGACCCGGGCGACAAUCCGAAAUAAAAGGCCUAGUUGUGAA